GGUUGUUUUUCUCCCCCCCCCCACUUCUAUGAGCACUUUUCGAGGAAAGCCCCCGCCCUUGCUCCGGCUUUCCAUUCUAUCCAAGCGACGCGAAGCAUCUUCACUCGCAGGGCGGUCUUUUUUCUUUUAAAAACUGGGCUUUAUUGGGUCUUACGGAUCCCAGCUUGAGAUAUUUAAAAGAAUAACUGCACAGCUUCUCGCCCGAGGAACCGGGAGCAAUUGGAUUCAGCCUGCGGUCUUGUGUGGUGGUUUGGGAAGAAGAAGCGGUCACGGAGCAUAGUGAACCUGACUAAUAUAGGCUGAAUUAAGUGCACAGCACUAUUCGUGCCUUUUCUUUUUUAUAUGUGCACCAGUGGUAAUUUUGUGGUGGGGGCUUUGUAUCAUUCUUGUGCCUGGUCGUUAUGGCUCCCAAGUACAUAAUGCAAACGAGUUAACAUUGCCUGUUGUGAUUAGUGAUGUCGGUAAAUCUCUGAAAUAUUCGAUGCCUGAACAAUUUAAUGCUGGUUCUCAUCCAGAACUCCCACUUUUUUUUUUCUUUCUAUUUAGAUUUGCAGCAUAAUACCAUGGGAGAGAGUGGAGAGGCCCUUAUUAUUGGACAAGUUCCAACACUGGGUGGAUUUGGCCCAAUUUAGGAAUUGUAUGUCCCACAAGUGUCUAUAAAUCCCCAAAUUCAGAUUGUUACAGAAAUGAGUUCCCCUGAGGCAGCAAAGAAGAGGAUCCUCCCAGCAUGGAUGACCAAGAAUAUAGCUGAACCAGAAGAAUGGGCAAAAAUGAGGUCAAAGAGAAAAAAAAAGACAGCUUUAGCAAGGACUGAAACUGUAUAUUGUAUGAAUGAAGCAGAGUUGGUCGAUAUGGCUCUUUGUAUUUUAGCUGAGAAUUGCAAGACUAUAGAAGUUGAUGAGAUUUCAUCAGAAGAUAAGGUUCAAGAGCGUCAACAGGAAUUGAUAGAUGGUCAUCUUCCAAGGACUGCUCUCAACAUUGCCAAGGAUCCUCCUGUACCAUCCACACCUCCAGAUCAGUCAGCUUCUUUAAGUAGCAGUGAGGAGACCAAACUGGAGGAAGAUGAUGAUGCUUUAAAAUAUGUCAGGGAGAUUUUCUUUACAUAAUUUUAACAUUUAUAAGCAACAUCUAGGUUUUUUAAAUUGAUAAAUAGGAGAUACAGCUAGGAUAGUGGUGGCUUGUAUGCCAGAGGUGAAGUAAUGGAAAAUCACAAUGGUAGGACUUCAUGAAAUAAACUGAUCAGGAGGAGAGACUUUGGAAAUCUAUUUUUAUAAUUGGAGAUUUAAUGGGAUGCAUUGGGGAAAGAAUGGAGGAAUAUCCUGCUGGGUUCCCUGGUUUGAUAAGCACUUUUGUUUUGCUUGACUUUGAAGACUUGAAUUUUGUAUUUAAAGAAUAAAUGAAAGUAGUUCUGA